CCGACUCUGCUCCCCGAAGCCUGGAAUCUCUCCCGCUCAGCCCAGUGACAGGGCCGACUUCAGCCUCCCUGGCCAGCCCUGCAGGACCUACUUUUGGACACCAGGUGUGGAGAAGGAUGGGCUCCCCGGUGUUUUUUCCGCUUUUGGUCCAGAUCUUUGCAGCAUUCACCAACAGAAUUGCUUUGGGUCAGGAAUCUUCGAUAGCACCAAGUAAAGAUUUGAAUGGCACAGCUGCACCUCCUACAACAACGGCAAGCGUGGCCAGUGAAAUUCAGAAAGUCUCUCUCGGGGAUAAGGAGCCCGGGUGUUCUGGGCGUCUCAGACUGCUGAUAAGUAAUACCUCGCUUGUGACCCUGUGCCCUGAUGGGUUUUCCAGGCAGGAGGCAGACGUGGUCUGCAGGGAGCUGGGAUGUGGUCACGUGCACUCGAUCGUGGCUGGGACUCUAUUCGGCAAAGCGAAGGAAACGUUGUGGGAUCAGGGAGUGGAAUGUCGGAACAAUCAAAGCAAGCUGAGCGAGUGCCACAAGGUCUGGCGGCAGUGCCACACGCCCCACAGGGUGGACAUCGUGUGCUCGGAAGCACACUUUCAACUGCAGUUGGUGGGGCCUGGCUAUUGCAAGGGAGAUGUGCAGCUCUACUUCAAAGGCAUUUGGUAUUAUGUCUCCAGUUCAAGCUUCACAGCAGAGAAGGCAGAGCUGGUGUGUAAGAAGCUGCAGUGCGGCCAUGCUGUGAGUGUGUACAAAAAGACCACAGGAAAACACCCUACAGUCCAUGUGGAAAAGUGGUCCUGCUUAGCAGGGGAAGCAAAGGUCUCUGGGUGUCUGGGACAAGUCGGGAGUUUGGACGGAGCAACUAACCUCCAAUGCUCAGAGGGCGAGGGGGUUGUAUUCAGAUUGGUAGAUGGACAUAGCCAGUGUGACGGCAGAACAGAGGUUUUCCACCAGGGCUCCUGGAUGCCGGUGUGUUCGAGCGAGUGGCAUGAUAGGCAUCGGGAAUUGGUGUGCUCACAGCUGCAGUGCAGCGGACCUGAGAGUCGGUGGAAUGAGCCGGGAACAAGAGGGAAGAACAGGACUGGUGAGACAACCUGUGUCAAAUGUCGCAGCCUGGAUAUGAAAACGAUUCAGCAAACAAAUCUCUGGGAUUGUAAGAAAGAAUGGGCCCCAUGGAAGCAAAUGAAUAUCACUUGUCCAGACCCAAGACCCAAGGUGAAGCCAAAGGUCACGGAGAGGUUGUCGGGGGGCGUGACGACCUGCAUCAUCCUGGCUGUCCUCCUGCUGCUGCUCCUCUUACUGACCUACAGCUGGAGGAUGUACCAGCGCGAUGGGAAGCAAAUGUUCCGCCGCAAACAGACCCAGCGCCAGUGGAUCGGUCCAACCGGGGCAGCCAGUCAUGCAGUGUCAUUCCACCGUAAUAACAACGCCAAUCUCAGACCGGUCUCCACCCAAAGUGCAGAUGGCAACCUCUACAGAGGAACGCCACAGAAGGACUCUUUCUCUGCUUACCCAGCUUUGGAGCGGAGAGCUAACCUCCCAGUAAUCGUGCGAGACAACUCCUCAGAAAGUGACUACGAUUUCUUCGACACAAACGCCCAGCGAUUGUAGCACCCUCAGGCGGAAUGCAGGGAGCAUUGUUGGAAGUUCAACGCACUCUUGGGGGUCUGCGCGGGUUGACUGUUAAGCUGGGAGGGCCGAGGAGCGAGGAGGCAACCUGGACAUCGAGGGACAUGG